ACUACUUUAGCACUCUAUCUGACAUUGAAACGAACAAUAUGCUUAGAUCUGUAGCUGUGUUACUAUUCAUGUGCAUCACACAAGUGUGUGGUUUGCACUUCUACUUGAAGACCGGAGAAAUGCGUUGUUUCUAUGAAGAAUUACCAAAGGAUACUUUGGUGGUUGGAAAGAUUGACGUUACUGAACAUAAUGAACAUACUGGUGGAUAUGUUAAGAACUCCAACUUGGUUUUAGAACUCACUAUUGAUGAAACUUUUGACAACAACCAUAGAGUCGUCUCUCAAAAGUCGUUCCCUAGUGGUACUUUAACCUUCACUUCCUUGGACUCUGGUGAACACAAAAUCUGUUUGAAGCCAUCUUACAAGGAUGGUACUGUAGGCAAGGGCCACCGUAUUUUCUUCGAUCUUGCAUUGGGCUCCGCUCACGACUACAUUGACUCUAAGUCUACCCACAAGGUUGAUUCCUUGACCAGAAAGGUUCAACUGUUGAACAAGAAGCUUGAAGAAAUCCACUGGGAACAAGAAACUAUGAGAGAAAGAGAAGCUGCCUUCAGGGACUCUUCAGAAUCUACCAACGCUAGAGUUGUUAAGUGGACUAUUGUCCAAAUUUUGGUUCUUGUUGGAACAUGUUUCUACCAAUUACGUCACUUGAAGAGUUUCUUUGUUAAGCAAAAGAUUGUAUAAUUGCAG